GACCUUCAUUUAAAAACUAUAAACUCUUGGACGGUUCUGGUCUAAACGAGAGUGGGCAAAGAAACGGGUUAGCGAAACUGUAUCAAAAUUGUUCGUGACUUACCGAACGGACUUCCGCGUAGGUGAUUCAAAUAUUUAUCAUGGCUAGCACGACAUCCUUUCAAGAUGACAAAGACAUUGAAGUUCGUGUGAAGUCAGAGCAACGUGAUGAAGUACCCAAAUCAGACAUGGUUGACUCUAGCAAGAAACCUCGAUAUAAAAACACUGUUCACUUAUGGGAAUUUUUACUGGAACUUCUAUCUGAUGAAAGAUAUAACUCAAUUAUUGCAUGGAGUAGAAAGGAUCAUGGAGAAUUUAAACUAAAAAAUCAGGAAGAAGUUGCGAAGAGAUGGGGCAUCUUGAAGCAUAGAGCAGGAAUGAAUUACGAAAAACUAAGCAGAGCCAUUCGGUAUUAUUACCAGCAAGGAAUCAUACAAAAGGUACCAGGCCAAAGACUUGUCUAUAAAUUCGGUCAACUCCCCUAUGAGUUCAAACCAAGAAUAAACCGACUAAAAGCCAAAACGGAAAGUACUAGUCGAGUACCAUUUCAAGAGACUUUGAAAGCUGAAUCACCAGCAUUUUUACCUCUUACGUCACUCACUCCACCACCAGAGGCUGGGUAUUCUUACCCUGUGUUACCAAACUUAACCCGACCUAUCUGUAACUGUUGCUAUGACAACCGAUUCAGCCCGUGCACUGUGGGGAAGUUACAGGGUAGUCCAUUGAUAUUCCCGUCCAUAUCAAAUGGAUACACACUUCCUUUUACUACAGUGAGUCAUCUACAGCCACAUAUAUCUAGCCCUCCAAGAGCAAUACCUGUAUCUGUUAUUACAAGUACCCGCUCUUGAGAACCUAUUGACAUGACAACCUGUUGACAUGACAACCGUAUCAGGUGAAGAGCAGCACAGGUUACUUUGCAUCAUCAUCUGACAAAAGCUGAAACUAACAUGGACAGAUAAUUCAUCUAGAAUAUAUUAACACUAAAAUAAGCUGGACCCGUUUGAAAUAAUCAUUCAUGCUGGCUAUAUAUUUUAUAGUCUCGAAAUUUAUCGUAAAAUAAUUCAUCCGUUGAUCAUACGCGAGGCUUAACAUUUGAAACCAUUUUCGCCAUCCUGUUCCAUAUUUGAAAUCUUAAAAUUUUGGGAAUAGGGAUGACGAAAGAAAAGACUUGAAAGAUAAAGUAAUCUUUGCCUUAUAUUAUCCAUAUUACAUCAGAAGCAUAUUGCUUCGAGAGAUAAAAGUAUUGUCAGUAAAAUAAGCCCUCUUAACUUCUUGACUUUUUUCUUAAUAUACUUCAGUAAGCAGGAACUCACCUUGGUCCGUCUGACGUUGGGUUUAAAGCAGAUUGAGGCAUAUGACUGUUGAGACUUCACAUGGGAAAAUAACCAAGUUCAUUAUUUAAAAGUUUUUUUCCACCACCCACGAUUCGAAAACGAACUAUCAAUGAUCUUAUUUCUCUCUUAUUUAUCAUGACACUUGGUCGACUUUUUUAUAUUGUGAUUUAUUAGCUAAAAAAAUUAAAAAUAUAUGACGUGUCUUUUACAUUUGGGCUCUAAUAGCCAGACAUAUUCCGCAGAAAGCAUGUAUAGAUGUUUAUGUAUAUGGAAUUAUUUAUAUAUGGCAUGCCUAAAGUCACUAAAGCUGGAAGGCUAGUGCUUUUGAAAGACUUAAAAAAUAAUGAGUAUUUGAAGAGGGUUUGACUCAAUAGCCAUAGGCGAAUAAACUUGUGACCCUCAAAUAGAAUAUGAAAUAAAUCAAUUGAUAAAAGAAAA